GGGGGCGGGGCCUCAACCCGGAAGAGCCGGGGCGGGGGCGGGGCCGGGCGUGGCGGAGCCGGAGGAGAGCGGGACGGUCGCCCCCGUCGCCCCCCCCGCGCCCCAAUGGAUGCGCCGCCCCUGGCCCCGCCCCUGCCGCUGUUGCCAUGGUUACGGCGGGGGGCGGUGCUGGCGCGGCGCGCGGCGCUGGGGGCGGGGCUGGCGGCGGGCGCGGCGCUCCUCGCGCUCUGGGGCGCCGCUUUGCUCUACGCCGCCUUCCACUGCGCAUACGUACCCGCCAGCGCCCUCUGGCGGCCUCUGCGCAUGCGCUUCCGGACGGACUGUGACCCCCCCGGCCCCGAACUGUGCUCCUUCCCCACCGCCAAUGUGUCCCUAUUGGGGCCCAACCGGGAGAAGGUGCUCUUCCCGGGACAGCUUUACCGUUUGGUGCUGGAAUUGGAAGUGCCGGAAUCGCCCGUCAACCGCGCGUUGGGAAUGUUUAUGGUCUCGGUCACCGUCUACGGCGCCGACGGACGCCCUUUGGCCUCGGCCGCUCGCUCGGCUAUGCUCCAUUACCGCUCCCGCCUCCUCCGCACUCUCGACACCGUCGCCUUCGCCGCGCUCUUCCUCUCCGGAUUCGCCGAACAGAAGCAAACGUUGGAGAUCGAAUUGAGCGCCGCGUUCCGCGAGGAUCCGUUCUCGCCGGCCGUCGCCGCCGUGGUUCGCAUCGAGAGUCGCCGCCUGCAGCUCUACGGCGCUCGACUGCGCCUCCACGCGCACUUCUCGGGGCUCAGGUAUUUGCUGUUCCAUUUUCCGCUGACGUCGGCGGUUUUGGGCAUCGCGGGGAAUUUUGCGUUUCUGCUGCUGCUCUGUGGGGCGGCGGCGCUGCAGUGGGGGAGGGGCAGAGCCCGCCCCGCCCCCCGCCCCCCGCAGGAGAGACGCAGCGAAGGGCCGGGACCGCCCCGGAGGGAGGGGCACACCGCCAUCGUCCCCGAGUCCAUCGGCCCCAUGGAAACCCCCCAAGCUGCCGCCCCCCCCAACAGAGAAGAGGAAGAGGAAGCGGAAGCGGAAGUGCCUUUUCACCCCCCACCCUGA